AUACGAAAGUAAAUCUAGGUAUACGGAGCUAGACGGGGAACAAGGCAAUCAAAUAAAGAGUCUUCAGAAGAUUUGAACGUUAGGAAGAGUUCUUCUUCAUCAUCAGUGGAUCAAGAUGAAAGAAAGUUACUUGCUGGCUCGUACUGGCUAGUUAGAAUAUUGUUCAUUAGAUCAUUUUCAGCUAUUUACUUUAUUAAAAGGAGUUAUUAAUACGAACGGUCACUUGUCUCAUAACAUAAUUCAGUUAAAAGAAUCAAUUGACGAUAUUCAUCAUAACUUGAUAUCGAAAAGUAAUGCUACCCUGCUUCAUUUUUAUCACCUUUUGUCAAUGAGAUUGAGCAUAUUUGUUCAAAAUGAAUCAAUACAUGUUAUUAGGCCCUCCCACUGUUGCUAAAAGAGACAGUGAUCUGUCUUGUGUUAGUGUCUUCAGUUUAAGUGAAGGGAAUCAAAAAGAGGAGGAGGAGGAGGAGGAGAAAAGGCGUCAAUCACUUGUAGAACAGGAGCUAUUAUUAGAUAAUGUUUAUAGACUGGUAAGAGAGCUAUUUGAUGAUAAUCCUCAUCAACACAUCACUUAUGAUACUACACCAAUUGUCUCGGGCAAAGCCACACCCACCAUCACCAUGGCAACCAAUAAUCACCACAAAAGUGCUGACUCAUCAAAAUCAUUGAUUACGGCACCUAAAAUUAUGAUCCCUGAGAGUAUCAUUACUAUAGCAACCAACACUGAGCGGAGUCUACUUUUUAAUGACACUCCCACUUGCAAUCAGAACAAUUAAGUGUCUAGCAAUUAAUGUCUACCAGUACAUGUACUUAUGAUAUUAUACUUGUACUUGCAUAUACUUUAGUACAACCCACAAUAGACUUUUACUAAUGUUUGCUUUAUAAAGGCAUGGCAUUAUUCUUUCUUUUUUAGUCUCUCAGUAUUGUCACUAGAGAAGAAUGAAAACUAUGUGGCAUUAUCAGCUUCUGAAUAAUUAAAAACUG